UUGAAAAUAUGUCGUGAAUAUUUCAUUAAAUUUUGCAAAGGACAGGAAAGAGUAAUAAAUAGCCGGUAAGUGUAGGAGAGGGCUUGACUUGUGUAUAUAUAUAGGUUUUGGGUCAUAGUAGCAGCUAGUGUUAAGUUGAGUGGGGAAUAUGGGGAGGCAACCUUGCUGUGACAAACUUGAAGUGAAGAAAGGACCAUGGACUGCUGAAGAAGACAAGAAGCUCAUCAGCUUCAUUCUCACCAAUGGUCACUGUUGCUGGCGAGCAGUUCCAAAGUUGGCCGGCCUACGGCGAUGUGGCAAGAGCUGUAGGCUUCGUUGGACUAACUAUCUCCGUCCUGACUUGAAGAGAGGCCUCCUCACUGAUGCAGAAGAGAACCUUGUCAUCGAUCUCCAUUCCCGCCUUGGCAACAGGUGGUCUAUGAUUGCAGCAAAAUUACCAGGAAGAACAGACAAUGAGAUUAAAAACCAUUGGAACACUCACAUCAAGAAAAAGCUGCUUAAGAUGGGUAUUGAUCCUGUUACCCAUGAGCCUCUCAACAAAGAAGCUACUUCCCAGGAUAAUUCAUCCCCUGCAGAACAUUUGUCACAGUCUGACAGAGAUCAUCAUCAGUUGAUUGUUCACAAUUCAAAGGAGAAUUCAAUCUCAUCACCGACCGAAAAUAUAUGUGGAGAUGAACAUCUUUCACAAGACAUCAAUCGUAGCGACGACCUUCUCUCGAACGACUUGCGGCCAGAUGAAACUUCACUAGUGGAUGCAUUAUGGGAAAGCAUAUCUUCUGAUGCACAGAACACUAAUUAUGACUUGGCACUGUCAUCUUGCGAGGAUAGCAGUUCUUGGUUAUUAGACUCUCAGGACUUUGGUGUUCAUGAUUUUAGUUUUAAUUGCAUCAAUGAGAUUGAGCCUCAGGCCCUGCAGACUCCAGCAAUGGAGGUGAAGGAACAUUAGCGAUGCUGUUACAGAAUGCUAUUGAAAGGUGGAAGAUGAACACAUCCUUAUAUCAGGCUCCUGAUCAUUCAUCGUCAAUCUGCAUAUAAAUGUUACAAAACCAUGCCAUCAGAUUCUACAAUGUUACUUGCUGCGUUGUAAAUGUUGUAAUGGUAGGAGACAACUUACAACGAUAGGAAAUAUAAGAGUGCUGGUGGUUCUUUGUGAUUGUAAAACCUAUUGUGUACAUAGAUGCUUACUUUGAAAACGUUAUUUCAUUGUGGAUUCGUGGCUUUAAAUUGUGCAGUACUAUAUACAUUUCCUGGUUUAGGUCACGUUAAAUUAGAUAGACAGAACCAGUCAGACAGGGAGAACCAUAAACAUCGCUCUACUUUUAUCAAAGGCUUUUUAAUUCCAUUGCAUCUCUCUCGCUUUCUGGGUG